GGGAAAAAUGGCGGCCGCCGGUUCAUCCCAGGCUCCUAUUUCUUUUGGGUUCAGUCGCAGCGUUAGGAAGAAUCUACAGACGGUGUCAGACCCAGAUACCCGGGACCAGGAGGAGGAGAAGGAGUACCUGGUUGGGGCUGAGGGAAAGGAGUUACUGGGUGUUAACGUCACUCCAGCUCCCAAAGAAUUGGUUAUCCCCCUUAUCCAUAAAAACAGAUGGUCCCUCACGAAGACGCAGGAGAAAUCACAGGAUGGUGGACCUCAGACAGCAGAAGACAAUGUUUUAUCUCAAGCUGUGCAGGAGUUGAUAGAAGAAUCUCGCCAAGCCCUGGAGAAUGGCACUGAUGUUGAACAAACGUCCAGUAUCCCACUCCUCAUGCAGAACAGAGUCCCUGAUGGUUAUGAAGACGGAGAGAAAGUGGAUGUUCGUCUCCGGCCCGAAUCUGCCGAGGCGGCAGACUAUGAGGUCGUGCCUGUGGAGCAUUAUGGGAUGGCAAUGCUACGAGGCAUGGGGUGGAAAGAGGGAGAGGGAAUUGGCAGAACCUUCAAACAGGAUGUUAAACCAUUAGAACAGAAACUAAGACCCAAAGGCCUUGGAUUAGGAGCCGACCGGUCUGCUCUUAAUGCCCUUGAGCCACAGAAGCCACGCAGGACUCCGAAACCUGGGGAGGAACCAGAAGAGGAGGUAAAAGGCCUAGGGCCAGGAAGUGCAGUGGAGAUCCAGAGCGGCGCACACAAAGAUCUAUAUGGGAAGGUGGAGGGAAUCGACACAGACAAUGCCAGAGCUAUGGUGAAGCUUGCCAUUGGUGGUAAUGUGGUGACCGUGUCUCAGUUUGCAUUACGAUUGGUCGGCAGUGCGGAAUACAAAACAAAUGCAAAGGAUUUAAGUCGGUUAAGUAAAGCCAAGCAGCAGAAGGAUCUCCAAGAAGCAGAGGAAGAUGAACACAAGGGACGAUCAACAGAGCGAGGGGGGAAUGAACACAGGGAGAGAAAUCAAAAUGGAGACCACAGUAACAAAGAUAGCAGUAACAAAGACAAGCGACAGAAAAUGAGGAGUCCAGACCGUGAGAAAGAAAAGAAGAAAGCCAAGAAGGAACCGCAAAGCUGGUUACACCGGGACUUGAAAGUUCGGUUCAUUGACAAGCAUUAUAAAGGAGGAAAAUACUACAAUUCUAAGAUUUUGGUAGAAGAUGUUUUGAGUCCUACAAGAUGUGUGUGUCGGACAGACAACGGGAGGAUUCUAGAUGACAUUAAACAAGACAUGCUGGAGACCUUAAUUCCAAAGGACGAAGGAGAUCACGUGAUGGUGGUAUUAGGACAAUAUCGGGGCCAGGUGGGGAAGAUCCUGCAUAGAGACAAGCAUAAAAGUCGUGCUUUGGUGCAGUUGCAAGGGGAGCUUGAUGAAGCAGUCACUUUAAGCUAUGAUGUAAUCUGCCACUAUACUGGAGAACAGGAUGAAUGAUGCAUGGGAAAUAAUCUUGAUUUUGUACAGUGUCAGAACAUGAAUUCUGAUCACCUUUUUUAUUUAACUGUAAAUAAA